GGGGAUGCAAAGUUGGCAAGUGCCUUUGGUGUCGAUGUAGAGAAGAUUGUCGCAGAGGGAGUAGUCGGGGACAGGGUCGAGGUAACGAAGCUUGUUAUGGACGGUUGAGAAGUCGGGGCAUGAGAGAUAGCCUUGUGUAUAUGGUGAUGGAGCGAUGGGAGGAGUUUUAUGUGGGUCAUGGAGAAGUAGACUUUCUCGGGGGGCUUGUGGUUGAGGCGUCGGGAGAGGGCAUCGACAACGCGGUUGCUUUUGCCGGGAGUGUGGCAAAUGGUUUUGACUGGGGGAGAAUGGUUGAUGACUGGGUGACGACGGGGGUUGUCGUCUUGUGCGGUGGGGUGAUUGCGGUGGAGGUGGUGGUGGAUGAAGGCGGGGGUGUGGAUGAUGUGUUAGCAGAGAGGGCGGUGGAUGUGGAGGCGGAAGAUGGGGAAAGGAUGGUGGUUACGAUCUGGAUGGCGGCGGACGCCUGUUGUUGUUCGACGGCGGUUAUCAGUUGGGAGAGGCCAGAGAGGGAUGCUUGGAGGGAGUCGAGGGUGGCUUGCAUGUUGGUCAUGAGGGAGACGAGGGUGGAAGAGUCAACGGGGGCCUCUUCGUCGGCAGCUUGUUGGCCAAUGAGUUUGCAGCAGAGGCUGUUAACGAACUGGGUGUUGACGGAGGGCAUCUCGAUGUUGGAUGACUGGGUCAUGGUGGGGGAGGAAGCGGUGGUAGUGACGGCUGAGGUGGCAGCGACAGCUGAGGUGGUGGCAGUAGAUGAGGUGGAGGCAUCUGCAGCAGCGUUAGCAGUGGCAGCAGCGGCGGCGUCGGCGACUGUGUGAGGGUUCUCAGCAGGUCCUAGUUUACAGGUUCCUGUACAAACAGUGUUCACCCAACUUCCGUCGCAGGUUGUCGUAAGCGUGCAGCCUGCUGUCUCACAACCUGCACAGUCGCAGGGUACACAACCCCAACAGUCAGUGCAGCAGCCUGCACCACUGGGUCCACAGCCCGGAAUGAUGCAGGGACCGGGACAAAGUCAGUGGGUACUAAAGACGGCCAUCGCCACUCCGAAACCCUUUACAGGGGAUAAGAGGGGCGAAGACCUCGACACUUGGUUGAGGGCAGUGCCGGUCUAUGUCAAGUGCAAACUUACCUUGCCGCACGAGGAAGUGCUUGUGGCUGCAUCCUACCUAGAGGGGAGUGCAACAAGAUGGUUGAGUGGCUUAGUGCAGCUCCAGGGGUAUGGUCAUGACUUCCGCUCUUGGGCAGUCACCCAGAAACUGGAUGACUUCCUCAAGUUGGUGGAAGAUAGGUGGCAUGAUCGUCAGGAGGCCCAAAAGGCCACUGACGCGAUCCUGACACUGCACACGAGGCAAUUCAAGUUGGUAAGGGAGGCCACUUACGCUGGAGAGCACCCGAUUUGUGUCCCUGGGGUUCGCUAUGACCCCCAGGUUUUACUCACCUCCUACCUGAGAUGCUUUCCCAUGCCUCUUAGGAAUCAGUUGGCAGGUGAGCUCAACAUCAACAUGCACAACUUUCCCUCGUUCAGUAAGAAGGCCCUAGACCUUGAGGCAAAGAUAGGGCAUGGACGUAACCCCACGACGGAUGGUAGGAAGAAGUCACUGCCUCCCAACUGGAAGGCGAAGGGCCGCAUCAUGUUCGUCGACAACGAUGGUUUUACCAUCGAGUUGGACGACGAGUUCCAGGCGGGAGUAGGUUCAGAGGCAGGCAGCGUAGAGGCUUCAGGAGGAAGAGUAGUCGCUUCCGUAGCUCAAAAAGGAAAGGCGACCGGUAGACGCCGAGGAGGUUCCCGGUAUGGUCUGCACGAGUUUGUGGUGAUGCCUUUCGGCCUUUGCAAUGCUCCUGGCACAUUUCAACACGCUAUGAAUCGGAUAUUUCAUGACUACUUGGAUAAGUUCGUCAUCAUGUACCUUGAUGACAUUCUUAUUUUUAGUAAGACUAUCGAGGAGCAUGUUGCGCACUUGGACAAAGUCCAGAGUCUUCUGGGACAGCACAAGUUCAAGAUCAACGGUGAGAAGAGCGAGUUUGGCCGCACCCGUGUCUUGUACUUGGGUCAUGAGAUUUCUGCGGAGGGAUUAAAGCCUGAUGACGCGAAGGUGGCCAGCAUUCGUGACUGGCCGCGUCCUCAGUCUGUGACUGAGAUGAGGUCUUUCUUAGGGAUGACCGGCUACUAUCGCAAUUUCGUGAAGAACUAUUGCAUAGUUGGUGCCCCUUUGACUGACUUGACUCGCCUUGACACCCCAUGGGAGUGGACAGUAACUACGGAUGCUAGCCAAUAUGGCAUAGGCGCCGUACUUGCGCAGCAAGAGGGGAAGAAGUUGAGGCCAGUAGAGUACAUGUCCAAAAAGAUGCCCUCUCAGAAGGUGGCUAAAUCCACCUAUGAAAAGGAACUCUAUGCGAUCUACAAGGCGCUCAACCAUUGGAGACACUAUCUCCUUGGGAGGUUCUUCUACGUCAGGACUGAUCACCAGACUCUGAAGUGGAUGAGAACCCAACUUGUGCUCUUUGACGCUUUGAAGCGUUGGAUUGAAGUCAUAGAGCAGUAUGACUUUGAGCCCCAAAAGGGCAAGGACAACAAGGUUGCUGAUGCGCUGUCGCGUAGACCAGAUUUCUCUGGUGCGCUGAUCACCGAGUUUGGGCUUGCGGACAAUGUUACUCAGUCUAUGGUGGAAGCCUAUCGCGAGGACCAGUUUAUGUCUGAGAUCAUACGCAGAGUAGAGGCGAAGGACAAAGCAACUUCUGCCGAGUUUGAGAUGGUCAACGGAUUGCUGCUUGGUGAAAGCCUGUCCAUGGGCUUCAUGGAUACGCUGGUCACCAACAAGAGCGGGAUGAGACACAUCUUUGUUAUCGUGGAUAGGUUUAGUAAGUACGCUAGCUUAGAGCUAAUGUCGGAGACAGGGAAGAUUGAGCAUGUGAUUAAGAUGUGCAAAGAGAACUGGAUUAGAGAUUUUGGAUUGCCAAAGUCUAUAGUCAGUGAUCGUGAUGUGCGAUUCACAAGUGAACUGUGGAAAGCCGCAGCUGCGGAACAGGGAACGCAGCUGCAGAUGACGUCAGGAAACCGUCCCGAGGCAAAUGGACAAGCAGAACAGUUGAACCGCGGUGUACAACACCUGCUGAGGCAUUGCAUUAAGCCAAAUCAGGUAGACUGGGAUGAGAAACUUGCUCUCAUUGCCAGCCUGUACAACAACGCGGUCCAGAGCACAACGGGCGUGAGCUCGAAUAAUCACGGUUUAUGCCAAAAUGGAGCAGGUUCUGGAUCGGCGUCUGUCUCCAUACCCUCCAAGAAGCGGUCGUUGACUUCACGGCUACGAGCGGCACCGAGGAAGACUUAUGCUCACAUCUCUUCAUUAACAACUGGGUUCUACGACGCUCAAGAAAAUCAUGUAGCGCAUGAAGGAGUCACGUUGGCCAUGGGGGUGCCAAAUGCCGCCCCUCAGACAGUGCUUGUACAGGGGAUUGGCCUUUGUAAUGUUGUGGCCGAUCCGUCAGCAAACCCUCUCUCUGUUAUAGUUUCAACGGCACAUGACGUAGUGGGGGUCGGAUUUCCGCAUAGAGUGGAAUCCCCAGCUCAUGUGGGACGACAUGGUGAUUUUCUGGAAGCAAACGAGUCAAUGCGGUGUACAGGGAUACGAGGGGCUGAUGCCAUUAAUCUUGCAUCUGUUCCAGCCAGUGACAGCGGGGGCGAGCAGGUGGCUGCAGAAUCUGGUGAAGAUCUUGCUCCGGAAGCAGCGGAUGCAAUGGCAGGAGGAAAAAGAACAGACAGUGAGGGAGCAUCUGCGCCCAGUGGUGCUGGUGAGAGCAAUGGUGGCGGUGGCGAAACAUCUGAAAAGGCCAAGAAGAAGGUGAAGAAGGCAGACAUACCAAAGGGAUGGCACAGUGAAAAGCGUUCUAAGACGAAGAAGGUUGCUCUCCUGUGAAGACGGGGUUUGUGUAGAGUAUGGGGAUAAACAUCGCUCUGUAAAAAUGAAAGGUGGAACAUGUG